UCGGUGCUAGGACUGGGAGCCGAACACUGUCACAGGCUGCUGGUAAUGUGAGAGACUAAAGAGAGAGGCAGAAAAAAAGGGGGAAGGAUCGUGAGAGAAUUGCACACAACUCGGAGCCUGGUGUGGGAAGGGAAAAAGAAAGCCUUAGAGCUGAGCACAACGAAGAAGAAGUCUUCUAUUGAGCACAUGCCGCUGCGACUAUCACCAGCCGCUAUGGUCCGCACAGCACCAUGAACCACUGACAGCUGAGCGCUCCGUACACGUGCCGCUCUUUCCUCUCAGCCUCUCGCUGCUCCUCUCUGCCUCUCGCUGCUCCUCUCAGCCUCUCGCUGCUCCCCCUCCUCUCAGCCUGCCUGCUGGACAGAAGAACGCAUGCUGGAGCUGUGGCUCCACUCACAGCCUAUGUGAUCUGAGCACGGGACAGCCACUGUCAGUGAGCACCUGUCAAGGAUAAGGUAGCAGAAGGAAAUACACCACGGUUUACAAAAAUCCUGCGUGAAAACCAAAUAUUUGGAACGUUCUGAGACAAAUUCAUGGACGACCCUCAGGACCUGAAUGAGCAGUCAGACAAUUUCAUUGGUCUUUUGGUGAAUGCACCAACAAGAGAUAAAGCAUUACUAGAUCUACUGAUUACAAACAACACGGAUCUAAUCGCGGAUGUGAAAAUACGGGGCAACUUAGGAAACAGCGAUCACAAGGUAAAGAAACCGUGCCCAGAAUCAGAUGUUCCAGAGCCUCAGAAUUCCAGGUCCAUGGAAAUGCAGGACCUAGCAAGUCCGCAUAAUCGUGUAGGUAGUGGAGAUGCAUCUGGGGCAUCCAAACUGGACAAGCCAAAUAUUAGCAGUAGUUCUAUAACAACAAAUGGUACAGGAGGUGAGAAUAUGACUGUCCUAAAUACCGCAGAUUGGCUACUGAGUUGUAGUACACCGUCUUCUGCAACAAUGUCUCUUCUUGCAGUCAAAACAGAGCCAAUGAACAGCAAUGAAACCACCACAACAACUGGAGAUGGAUCGCUUGACACUUUUACUGGGUCAGUAAUAACAAGCAGUGGCUACAGUCCAAGAUCAGCACACCAGUACUCGCCUCAGCUCUACCCCUCUAAGCCUUAUCCUCACAUUCUGUCAACUCCAGCUGCUCAGACAAUGUCAGCCUAUGCUGGCCAAACCCAAUACUCUGGAAUGCAACAGCCUACCGUUUACACAGCAUACUCACAGACUGGACAGCCUUACAGUUUACCAACCUAUGAUCUGGGAGUAAUGCUUCCGGGAAUCAAAACAGAAAGUGGACUUCCACAAACUCAGUCUCCGCUUCAAAGUGGUUGCUUAAGCUACAGCCCUGGGUUUUCUACACCUCAGCCAGGCCAAACCCCAUACUCAUACCAGAUGCCAGGUUCUAGUUUUACCCCAUCGUCUAGUAUUUAUGCAAAUAACUCAGUCUCAAAUUCAACCAACUUUAGUAGUCCUCAACAGGAUUAUCCCUCUUACACAGCUUUUGGCCAAAACCAAUAUGCACAGUAUUACUCGGCAUCAACAUAUUCAGCCUACAUGACCCCAAAUAACACAGUGGAUGGCACCUCGUCAUCUUCAACAUAUCAGUUACAGGAUUCACUUUCAGGUCUAACUAAUCAACAGGGUACAGAUCUUCAUUCAGGGGAUUUUGACACAGUACAGAGUCCCUCAACACCUAUCAAAGACCUUGACGACAGGACGUGUAGAAGUGCUGGGUCAAAGUCACGAGGAAGAGGCAGAAAAAAUAAUCCUUCACCCCCUCCUGACAGCGAUUUGGAGAGAGUAUUCGUUUGGGACCUGGAUGAAACAAUCAUCAUUUUUCACUCAUUACUCACUGGAACAUUUGCACAGAAGUAUGGCAAGGAUUCACCAACAGCUGUGACUCUUGGACUGAGGAUGGAAGAAAUGAUUUUCAACCUCGCCGAUGCACACUUAUUUUUUAAUGAUUUGGAGGAAUGUGAUCAGGUCCAUGUAGAUGAUGUAUCUUCUGAUGACAACGGCCAAGACUUGAGUUCCUACAGUUUUGCCACUGAUGGUUUUCGGGCAGCAGCAAGCAGCACAACGUUGUGUUUACCGACUGGAGUCAGGGGCGGUGUGGACUGGAUGAGAAAGCUGGCAUUCCGCUACAGACGAGUAAAAGAACUGUACAAUACUUACAAGAACAAUGUAGGAGGACUUUUUGGCCCAGCUAAGAGAGAGGCCUGGCUUCAAUUGCGAGCAGAUCUUGAAGUCCUGACAGACUCCUGGCUCUCAAAUGCACUUAAAUCACUAUCACUCAUUAACACAAGGAGUAAUAGUGUGAAUGUUUUGGUGACGACAACGCAGCUUAUUCCAGCACUUUCAAAGGUUUUGCUAUAUAGUCUAGGAGGAGUAUUUCCAAUUGAGAAUAUAUAUAGUGCAACAAAAAUAGGGAAAGAAAGUUGCUUUGAACGUAUAAUACAGAGGUUUGGCAGAAAAGUAGUGUAUGUUGUAAUUGGGGAUGGUGUAGAAGAAGAACAGGCAGCAAAAAAGAAUAACAUGCCUUUUUGGAGAAUAUCAAGUCAUUCAGAUCUUCUGGCUCUACAUCAAGCACUGGAAUUAGAAUAUUUGUAACUAUUUGCAACGUGGACGGCCUUUUUUUUUUACAUGUAUAUAAAUAUAUAUUUUAAGUACACACUGAAUUUUUAUGUGUGAUUUAAUGCCUCAGGCUUUUUACACACAUGGACUGUCUUAACAAAAUAAAGGAAAUACAUUACAAUGACAAAGAAUUCAGACUGCUAGAGGAGAGACAAUGGAAACACUGAGUGCGGCACAGAGACUCUUUGAUCUUGGACCGUUGAUAGUCGAAAGCAUUGGCCAAAGCAAAGCCUUCAUUUCUAGCACCGUAAUGGAGCAUGUAGGUGCAGGACCCUGCCGAAGUGUGGCGCAUGCUUUUUCCAACCGAAGAGGUGGUGUUCAACAUUCCUCAUAAUGGGAUCUCAUUCUCAGCACUGAGGUGUGAAUCAGACAUAAACCUACCUAACCCGGAAAAUCUGAAUUUAGAAUGCACUCCAGCUAUAUGAUGACAAUCAUGUCUAGACCUGUAAUUUUGUGUAAAUUAUUGAAAAAAAAUAAUAAUAAUUUACUGUGAUUUUAUUAGCAGCUGAUUUUGAAAAUUGAUGUUACGUUUGUGUUUUUUUUUUUUUUUUGCAGAGGGAUGGUUGGGAAGUGGGUGAUGAGAUUUAAAAAAAAGAUUAUUGCGCUGUCUGUUUUAUAGGUUUGACAAUCCAAAUGUGCAUACUGAUUUGUUGUGCCUUAAAGACAAGACAGUGUUUGUGUGUUACAAUGUAAUUUUGGGUAAAAAAAAAAAAAAAGAAGAAAACUCACAGUUAUGUGAACUUUCAGUCAGAAUGAUUUAUUCGUUCAUGACCAAACUGACCUAUACAAAAGGAAAAAGUUACAUCAUCAGCAGCUUUUAUUUGUUGCAGGAAUAAAUAAAAAAAAAAAAUCAUGGCAA